AUGUGUGAUUCCGAAAUGGAAAUUGAAUAUAACGGUUAUGAGGCGUGUUGUCUUUUCGACACAUUUCAUAAUUGUGGUCCAACAAGUCAGACACAACAACGUAAAAAUCUUGGUUGGUCCGAAAGUUUAGUUGAUUUUGGUACAUUAAGUCGUAUUGAUGUUACACCGUAUCUGAUAUCACUUGGUAUGAUACAGAAAUCAGAAGAUCGGAUGAUUAUGUCUGAAAAACAAUUAAUCAUGAAUCGUAUUGCACCUUAUACAUCAGCUAACAGAGACUCAUCUGUCAUCUGUCUACUGCAUCGGUACACCUAUGGAAUCCAUUGGAAAGAGAACAAAGAACGUGGUCAUCCUGACCAUCCACCGAAUCGUCGUGUACCUAAAUCUGAUGGCCGUCGAGUAAAGCUGGAAGUUGCUAAAAAAAUUUUUGGAUUUAUAUAUGGCAGUCGACUAUGUCCUAAACACAGGAAAAAUUUUGAAAAAUCUGAUUUUUAUGAUAAAAAUAUGCCGAUUAUCGAUGAAGAUGAUGAAUUUACAAUAUCAAAUCUUUCUAAUUUUUAUGACAAUACAAUACCAAUUGUUUAUGAUGAUGAUAAAUCUACAGUAUCACAUAUAAUUGAUGAAGAAAACACAUAUAGUGACGAGAAAAAACGUUCUCAACUUAAUGCUAUAUUUAAUGGAACGUCGGUUAGUCCAUUGAAAUCAUCUGCUGCAAAACCUUUAGAGGAACAAUCAGAUUAUAGUAUCCGUCGACUAGUUUCCAAAUACAAACGUGGUCUUGAGUCAUUAAAAGAAGAACUUGCUGAAGCUAUUGCACCUAAACAAGGAUACAAAUUGAUUCGUUUGUCAGAAGAAUCCAACAAAAAAAUUGAUACUAAUUAUGACAACGAAACAACAUCUGAUAUAGUUCAACAAUUAAGACUGAUGUACCAUACUUAUGUUACUCAUAAGGUUCCAUUUCGAGAACAAGUACAAUUAGUAAGUGAAAAUUUAGAACCAUAUUUAUAA